UAGCAGCGAGCCGCCGGGUGACCCGGGCUGCCCUCAGGGAAGGUGCGCUCGGCGGGCGGGGCCGCUCGGGCCUCCCCGUGCCACACCGGAGGGGCUGCGCCGCCCUGCGCCGCACCAGCGAGGCCCGGCUGGCCCUGGCGGCCAUAGGGCCUUGGGGGGUUUAUGCGCAUUGCUGCCCCCGUAGCGCGCCAUGGCGGCCAACGAGGACCAGGAGAUGGAGCUCGAAGCCCUGCGUUCUAUCUACGAGGGAGAUACGUGCUUCAGGGAGCUUAGCCCGGUUUCCUUCCAGUAUAGGAUAGGUGAAAGUGGAGAUCCCAAAGCCUUUCUAAUAGAAGUUUCUUGGCCAGAAACAUAUCCACAAACAGCACCACUCAUAUCGAUGGAUGCUUUCUUCAACAACACAAUAUCUUCAGCUAUUAAACAAAGUAUAUUGGAUAAGUUAAAGGUAGAAGUUGAGGCGAAUCUUGGAACUGCUAUGACAUACACACUUUUUGAAUAUGCCAAAGAUAAUAAAGAGGUGUUCAUGGAAAAUCAGCCUGUUAACACUGUGACUUCAGUAAGCAAUAGUAUUGCAAUUGGAACACCUGAUGUGCCAGCAAGUAAGAAAAAAGAUAAAAAGGAGCAGUUAUCCAAAACCCAGAAACGAAAACUAGCUGAUAAAACAGAUAACAAAGGAGAGCUUCCGCGAGGAUGGAACUGGGUGGACGUAAUUAAGCAUUUAAGCAAAACUGGUUCUAAAGAUGAUGAAUAAAGGACUUUGGUACAAGGAAACUUCACCUUUUAAUACAGUGCAAUUUUGGGUCAUCUUUCUCUUAAUAACUUUUCAUAUUUGUUGAAGUACACGUUUUAUAAAGCUCAAUUUCCUAACUGGCAAACCUAGUCACACAACAUUAUCUAGAGACUAUGUGAUCUUUAGGAAAAAAAACAAAACAAAAAACAAACUUGCCUUAAAUGAAGGUUAGAAUGUGACAAAGGAUGUAGAGAGCCAAUGUGGUGAAGUCAGUAGUGUUAUAUACAAUGUUUAUUAAUUUAUAUUUUACUCUGUAGUAAAAUCCUGUUAUAGUGAACCCAAUUCUACUGUAAGCAUUUCCCAGUGUUCUUAAUCCAAUUGAAGAAAAAAAAAGCACUAUAACAGUGAUUGGUCACUUGACAGCAUAAUUCAUCACAAUAAAUUAUUCCGUGGAAACAAGACCUCUGUCAUUUAUUUAAGUGAUAUUCAUGUAGAAUGAAAAUGUAAGGAUUGUUAUGUUGCAAUACAGACUACACUUGUGGUCCUGUUUUCACUGGUGACUGGCUGAAAUAGUAAAUAUUAGCAACAGCAAAGUCAGACAUUCUAGUCGGAUCAAAAAUGAGUGGCUGUAGCAGGGGUACAUCUUCUUUAUUCUCUGUGAUAUCUGUCUGUUAGUCUCUCCAGUGUGCGUCUUUACAGAAGGUUGAGUGUCUUGAGGGGGAGGAAAAGGUGGUUCCUGCACGUGUUUCAAUGAGUGCUGGGAUUCUGUAGCUCUUCCAUGGGAGAAACAGGCAUUCCUUGAAGGGAUUUGCUAAGUGAGUGGUGGGACAGUGGAUGUCAGCACUGCCAGAUGUGUUGGGAGAACUUUUUUGCUUCCUAAUCUGAUUUCUUGUAUCAGAAAGAGAAGUCAUCUCUACUAUAUGAACGGUUACUCAAUGCAAGAUGCCUUAAUGUCCUAUAUUAUUUUUGUUUGUUCUGAGAUGAAUUUUAAUAAAUGCUUAUUUAUCUGC